GACUUUGGGAAAAUUCGGACUAUGCCGCUGACGCACUCCAGAAUCCCACAUCCACUUGGAGAGACGCGGUUUCCAGAGGAACAACUGGGGAUACUAUUUUAAUUUUUUGUGGCGUUUCGAAAUGUAUCCUAAGAUGUCCAAAUUGACUUUGUUUUUAUAUUUAUUUCAAUGUCUAAAUAAUUUCAUUAACGCACAGCAAGCUGCGCCCUGGAGGAACCGAUUUCAGUGGGUGAAUAACGGCCAGGUGUUCAGUUUAAUGAGCACCGGGUCAGAGUAUCAAGCACCGGUGCCGUCCAGAAGACAAUCCAGAGUUUUUCUGAGCAACAACGGAAAUGCUAUGCGUGACAGGACAGUGCAUAUGCCCACGGGCGCAUCAAAUUCUGCGCCGGACAGCGGCACAAACGCGCAUCUGGGACCGGACAGCAUGCAGUAUGUAGUCGCCAACAGUCGCGCACCUGGUGCCAGGCAAGUGCAGAUGCGUCAAAGGGCCAGGGGUCCUCCAGGAACCAGAGCUAACGGGACCAUCCUGCCGGAAUCUUCAGGCUCUGAUGUAAAUCACGCAAGGAGAGCAUCGUCUGGUGCCGAUAUCCAACAGGUACCUGCGCCAACUGAGAGCUCCAACACUUUGCCAAACUCUGAUGUUGCCAACGUGAUGAGUCUCACCAGAGCGCCUGUUUCAAAUGUCCAGACAGAGCAGGAAAUUACAACUGGUAAUAUGGGAGAUGAUCCAAGACACAGGAAUACGAUCUUUUACAACAUUUAUCCAGGCAGUGCAAGAGCAGUCAUUCCCCGUCGUCCCCCGCCUGGCACCGGGUAUGGUACCAGAUAUUUCCACAACGGUCUUCCAGACCUCGUACCAGACCCGUAUUCGAUCCAGGCGGGCUCCUACAUCCAGCGCGUUCAGAUGUACGCGCUUCGGUGCGCGGCGGAGGAGAACUGCUUAGCGCGGUCAGCAUACAGACCAACAGUGAGAGACAUUGACUACAGGGUUCUUCUACGGUUCCCACAGAAAGUGAGAAACAUGGGAACAUCUGACUUUCUCCCAGUCAAACCCACACAUGAAUGGGAGUGGCACAGCUGUCACCAACACUAUCACAGCAUGGAUGCGUUCAGCAACUAUGACCUCUUGGACAUCAACACCGGCCUGAAGGUUGCUGAGGGACACAAGGCGAGUUUCUGUCUGGAGGACACAGGCUGUGAUCCUGGAAUUCACCGGCGAUAUGCCUGCACUGCGCACACCCAGGGUUUGAGUCCAGGCUGCCACGAUACGUACGCAGCAAACAUUGACUGCCAAUGGAUUGACAUCACUGACGUUCCUCCUGGGAACUACAUUCUGAAGGUCACAGUCAAUCCAGACUACCUGGUGCCCGAGUCAGAUUUCUCCAAUAAUGUUGUGCGAUGUGAUGUCAUUUACACUGGCCUUUAUAUUCAAACACGAAACUGCAUAAUAACGGGGAAUUAAAGCCAUCGAUCUUUAUUUCCAGUUGCUGUUGUGCUUCUAUAGAGAUUAUUUUAAAAGUCCUUUUUAAGGUUUUGAGUAACUUUAAACAUGUCAUGAGAGUUGUUGGAAUAAUAUUCAAUGACAAAUGGGUCUAUUUUAGAUGAGUUUGAUAUUGUGCCCCUUGUGCGAGCAGUAACAUUUACAUGUGUAAUUUUAGUCAAACUAUUGUGUUUGUAAUGUCUAAAAUAUAAAAGUGUAAUUUUUUAUUUUCAACAGUUUAAAUUAAGAAUGAUAAAUUAUUAGAUUAGGUUUUUAUAGUAUGUUUUUAUAAUGCUGAUUUUUAGUUUUGUAUUUAUUGCAUAAAUUCUAAAAUAUAAACGUUUUGGUAAAGGGAUAGUCCACCCAAAAAUGAAGAUUUUGUCAUCAUUUACUCACCUUCAUGUUGUACUGAACCUGUGAGUUUCUUUAUUCUGAUGAACACAAAAUAAGAUAUUUUGUUAAAUGAUGGUAAGCAC